UUUCUUUUAAAUUUCAUCACUUAGUAGCUUUUAUUUAAUGAAUUCUGCUGCUGACGGCAUUCGAUUCAGACUUGUGCUGUGUUGAAAGUGAUGCAGGAAUGCUACUGUUCAAAUUGCUGUCGUGACUUUUACGCAAAAGUGACGCGGACGGACGUAAAGACAUACAAAUGGCUUUAAUCCAUUCAUACUGACUGCAGUGAUAAACAAGAACUGCUGUGUCUUCACCUUCCUGUGUCUAUCUAUCUCUACUUUGAGAAGAUUCUUCCUCCCUCCUAAAGUUAAUGGAUCUGUAUCCAUCGCAGGUUGUCACCAUGAAGUAGCCGGCCUGUGCUGAACUUAACCAGAUCGUGUUUGCUUAAGCCAAAACAGUUCUAGUCCUGAUAGUAUCAGACUCAGGGAGGAGGAGGAGGAGGAGGAGCUGCUGUUGGAGCUCCGGGGGAUGAACUCAGCAUUGUUAGAAUCAGGCCAGUGAGAAAAGCUGUUUGUCUGAUAAAGCUCGGGGCCCGGCGUGAGGCGGCGGAGCGUCCCCAGGAGAGGAGAGUUCAGACUGGCCUUUAACUGAUCCGACACUCCUACGGCUCACCUUCGCUUCACCUUACCAAUUAAGAACCUCCCCUCACCCCUGGGGGCCCUGAUUCCAGUCUCUCCCAGCUCUCCCCCACAUCACCAUCUCCUCACCUCUCCCCCCCCUGAUCAAUCCACCCCCAAACCUCCCCUGACUCUGGCCUCCUCCCUCCUCCCUCCCUGCCUCGGUGAGUCUCCCCCCGGGUCGCCGAGGCCAUGGCGGUUCCUUCAGCCCACGAGUUUCACUGGCAGAGCCUGGCACGACUGCCAACCGGCCGUGUCUACCACACUCUGUCUGAGGUGGGGGGGCAGAUGUACAUGCUGGGGGGCUGCGACGCUGCAGGGAGGCCCUGCCCGGCCCUGGAGCUCUACUCCCCCGAGGGGGACCGGUGGAUGACCUUGCCUCCCAUGCCCACCCCUCGUGCCGGGGCAGCUGUGGCGGUGCUGGGAAAACAAAUCCUGGUGGUGGGAGGAGUGGGAGAGGACCAGAGCCCCCUGAAGGUGGUGGAGAUGUACAACACAGAGGAAGGGAGGUGGAGGAAGAGGAGUGCUCUGCGGGAGGCCUUGAUGGGUUUAUCGAUCACUGUCAAAGAUGGCCGGGCUCUGGCUGUGGGGGGAAUGGGUGCUGACCUGCUCCCUCGUAGCAUCCUGCAGCAGUAUGACCUUCGAAAGGACGUGUGGGCGCUACUUCCUCCCAUGCCGACCCCUCGCUACGAUGGCAACACACAUCUGCUGGCCAACAAGCUCUACGUGGCAGGCGGACGCCACUGUAAGCGACCGGUGAAGGCCUUCGAGGUGUACGACGCAGAGACGCGUUCUUGGACUACGCUACCCAUCAUGCCUUGCAAACGUUCGUAUGGGGGCGUGAUAUGGGACGAAACUGGGAGGUUGUGUCUGCUCGGGGGACUGCGGCAGGGAGGAGGACACCAGAGCUCCAAGUUCACCAAGAACGUCAACAUUUUUGACACCAACCAAGGCGCCUGGUUGAAGUCGGAGGAGACGGUGGCGAUGAAAACAAAGAGGGCUGACUUUGCUGCUGCUUUCCUGCGUGGUCGGAUGGUUGUAGCGGGAGGACUUGGUCAUGAGCCCUCGGCGCUGGACACGGUGGAGGCCUUUCAUCCCCAGAGGAAGAAGUGGGAGAGGUUGGCUCCUAUGACCUUCCCCCGAUGUUCCACCUCCUCCAUCGUCAUCAGAGACCGAUUCCUGGUGGUGGGAGGAGUCAACCAGGUUCCCAGCUCGGCCCACGAGAUCCUGUAUGUAAAAGAAGAAGAGUAUCUGUAGCCUGCAGAUCAGCGAUUCCACUUCCUCUUCUCUGUACAACCCCUCCUGAAUCAGACUAGUGCAAUAUUUAGGAAGCAUUGAAACGAGAUGGGAGUCUGAGUGAUGUGAUGUAACAGACGACACUGCCCCCUGCUGGGCCGCAGAUAUACUGACACUGAGCCCCACAAGUAAGCACACACAUGCACAAUGGAGGAGCUGGCUCUUUCUUUCUUUAUGUUUUCUUUAUACUGUUCAGUGCGUGACACUUCUGCGUUGUACGUUGCAGUGCAUACAUGGAGAAGAAACUAUUUUGUAGCUUAUAUGUCUAGUAAUGUAGACACGAGGAAGAGCUGUUUUAUGGUGUAUAUAUGCAGUUCAUGUUUGCGUCUUUGUGUUGUAGAUCGAGUGAUUCCCACAUUAAUUAAGUUUGAUGACAUGACUGCAAUAUUUGUACGUUAUUUAAUAUCAUCUAGCAAAAAAAAAAAAAAAACCUCACUAGAAAGUGAGUAAUGUGCGGUUAAACUGUACUGUAACAAAAUUUGCACUAAAGCAGUUAACACUGAGUGGGAGUU